AUGAAUCCGUUGAAUAAAAUUAUCUUUCUCUCAGCAUUCUUAGCAUCAGGCUUUUUGUUAAUAUUAUUGUCUUGUGCCUUAUUCAAUAAUUGGAAACCAUUAUGGGUAAUAGGGAUUUUCUUAGUCGCGCCAUUGCCUAACAUAAUUGCACAGAGUGUAGAGAACCAUAGAGAUGACUUCUUGACGUUCUCGAACGAUCACGGAAACGCACCUAGCGCAUUAAAAGAAUUCUGCCAACAUGCAACCGGUUUCCUUAUUGUAAGUGGGAUUGCCUUACCUUUAACAUUCUACCACAGUCAUUUAAUUGAAUUGGGAGCUACCUUAAUGAGUAUUAUUGGGGGGUUAAUUGUGUAUUCUGCAAUUAUAGUGUUUAUUUGGUUCUUCAGCGUAGAGGAAGAGGAAAAUGACGAUUUCAACUUUUAA